AAACAUUCGAACACUUUUGUCGUGCAUUUAAAUAAACAUUUGAAGGUUUUGUUUUUGUUCAAUAAAAGUUUGUUUAUAUUAAAAUUUCUGUGAUAAAGUGUUGUUGAAGUGAUACAUCGUGUAUAAUGCUUUCGCUAUUUAAUUCGUUUGGACCUUUCUUAAGGCAGUACGUAAUAGUUAUUAUUGCAAACCUAUCCCUCUUCGGCAGUGGCCUUGGGUUCGCGUGGACGUCACCCGUGCUGGUGAAACUAGCCAAUCAGACGCAUCCAGUCUACGAUCGACCAAUCACGGAGGCGGAAGGGUCAUGGAUCGUGUCUGUCACUUUUAUUGGAGGAUUUCUGUCAAACUUCCUAGCAGCCUACCUCGUAGACAGGAUUGGUCGGAAGCGGACAUUCCUGCUCGCCGCGCUGCCCCGGAUAGCGUGCUACGUCGUCCAUUACCUGGCCACCGCCGCCUGGAUGAACUAUGUUGGGAGAUUUCUGGGAGGCUUCUCUGAUGGACUGUCGUUUUGUGUUAUACCUAUGUACGCUUCUGAGGUUGCUAGUAAAGAGAUCCGCGGCGCGCUCGGCACGAUCCUGCAAAUCUUCUCUUCCCUCGGCAUCGUGACCAUGCUCUCUCUGGGUCCGUUCCUGCAGUACCGCGCACUGAACGCGGCGUGCGCGGUGCUGUGCGCCGCCUCCUCCGCGCCGCUGCUGCUGCUGCCCGACAGCCCCUACUUCUUGAACAAGCAAGGUAAAAUCGCCGAGGCGCUUAAAGUCCUGACAUUCCUCCGAGGAUCAGAAUCACUAGCAAAGAAAGAAAUGGAAGAGUACCAAACAGAAUCAGAGCAGACAACUUUGACCCUCAGAGAAGUGCUGACAAGCAAAUCUCACCUCAAAAUCAUUGCAAUAGUCGUCUGUAUCGGUGCUGGGGCUCAACUGACGGGCUACAAUGCCGUGGCUUUCUACUUGCAGACAAUUCUGGUGUCCACUAAGACCAGUGUUUCUUCGAAUACGGCGUCAGUGGUCAUUGGAGUCAUCCAGUUGGUAGCCAGUUUUGUGACGGCCGUAGUUAUCGACAGGUUUGGAAGAAAGCCGAUACUUUGCAGCAGUCUGGUUGGACUUAGUGUUGGAUUGGCCGGACUGGGGACUUUCUUCUUCGAAACAUCUUCAAACACAGAAAUCAUUGGUUUCUGGAACUAUUUACCGCUCGUUUCCAUUUUAUUGGCGGUAUUUAGCUUCAGUUUAGGUCUCGGCUCCCUCAUGUUCCCCCUCAUGUCGGAACUCUUCGACGGCAAAUCCCGAGCCAUUGGCAUGUUCUUCGGCCUGGUCUCCAACAUCAUAUCCAUCUUCGCAGUCACACAAACCUUCGCCAGUCUGACCAACGCUAUUGGAGCUGGCGCCGUUUACAGCGUUUAUAGCGUUAAUAGUCUACUGUUUUGCGUGUUCAUCCUUUAUUGUGUGCCCGAGACUAAGGGUAAGACGUUUGCGGAGAUUCAGAGAGAGUUGGGAGUGGGUGUUGCGAAUGAUGAGAGUGUAAGGAGUAAGUGUUAGUUGUUAGGUUAGGUUAAGUUUAGGAUUACUUAAUAAAUUUAUUUGUGUAUUUACAAUGUUUUUUUCAUGUUAA